AUGAUGUGCUCAAAAGUUCUAUCGUCCAUUUUGGCUGAGCAGAUUGCUUCCAAACCAUUAAUGAAACCGAUUGAGAUUGUAAAGGAUUUCAAAAAGUAUUAUGGGUUGGAUAUUUCUUAUCAUAGUGCUUGGUAUGGUAAGGAAUUAGGUAGGAAAAGGGUUCACGGUGAUGAGUCAAUGUCAUAUAGACACCUAGCUUGGUAUGUGGGAGCAGUAUUAAGUUCAAAUUAUGGUUCACAUUGUACGUUGGAGUGUGACCCGGAGACAUCCGGCUUCAAACAAUUUUUAUCUCCUUCCAUGCUUGCAUAG